GGCAGCAUUUGGUCAUGAGCAAGCCAUGAUCGAAGCAACUGCCGCAGCAUCGUACCAUUGACCGACGCACGCGUGUGCAGGGAAGGGCUGCCCGAGACGAUGCGCACCCUAGGCUGGCUGCCACUGCUGCUCGCCUCCGCGCACGCCCAGCCGUCGCGCGCCGCGCCGCCGAUGCGCUGGCUGCCACUGCUGCUGCUCUCAAGCGCAGAUGCGCAGCCGUCGCGCGCCGCAAACAUAGCGGCGGAUUUACUGAGGCGCUCGCCCCUCGCAAGAGCGUUCGCCGCCGAGGCGCCAAGGCGCCAAGCCGCGCUGCAGAACUACGUCCGACAGCUCGCGAACUGCGGCCAGAGCGACACGAGCCUGUUCGUCGUCUACCACGGCGUGACCCACUUAAAUGGAUCGGUGUUUGAAGACCAGCGAGCACGCGGUGUAAGGGUCGCGGGUGAUGUGGUGCGAGACGCCUGCGACUUUGACCUGGGCGCGUUCACGGAAAUACUGGAACCGGACUCGUUCUACCAGACGUUGAUGAGCGAGCAUGCUGCUUUGAUAUUACUAGGAUUGGCAGCGAAACCAAUAGCCGCGGCUACUGGUUCAUCUAGAUUAGGCACGUGCUCGUGGAAAGCCCGGUUGAAGGGCCGGCCCGUACCCUGCGACUCGUUACAAAACCUCCCAUCGUCCACGCCACGCUCUCUAAUAUACUGGGGCCCGGGCGGCCUCGGCCCGCCCGCCACACCUUUAGCUGAGACGCAGCGCUGGGUCGCUCGGAAACAGGUGAAUGGGGAAGAUUUAAUGCAGAGGACCCUGAGACGAUUUUUCAGGGAGGUCUUUGGGUAUGACGCGGAUCCCGCUUUGUUAGCUGACGCGCCACCGGGGACCCCGCCGCUGCCGUGGUCGAACUACUUUGUGGCCUCACCAGACCUCUGGGAAGAAAUCGCGCGGUUUGAUCUCGUGGCGUCGGUCUGGCUGGACGCGACCUACCCUCCCACAACAAAAGGCGAGGAGGGCUGCCCCGCGACCUACGACGCGUUGCGACGGAAAGGUGUAUUAGCGAGGGCGCGCGUCGAGCCGGAGUGUCGGUAUUGUCGGGUGCCGCACUGGACGAACUGGAACCGGUGCCGCGUCGGCUGCCACCGGUGCUGGUCUUAUGUGUUGGAACAGCUGAACGUCAUCUACUUUCGCGCGCUGACGGACUUGGCGUACGUCCACGACGACGCGGCUUGUGCUGCGCCGAGGCGCUGGGCGGCUCCGUCGUCAGCGUUGGGGGACUUCUCUCCGUCGUUCGUCCGCGAGGUCUACGAGGGGCUCGUCGGGGGCGGCGCGUAAUUCACGAAC